UUCGCGUAUCAUCCUCACAGCCCACUCGUACGCAAUUCCCCUAGAAAUGUAUUUCUUCUCCAUUCACGCACUUUCCCUAUCCUCCAGUUAGGCACCUGGUUUCUCCCCCACCAGCGCAUUCUCACCGCUCGUAGUCCAGUGACUGGUCCGAGCUAAAUUCUCUCUCCCCGUCUCCAUGGCGGACAGCGCGGCGGCGUCGCUGCAGCAGCCGCUCACCGCGAACCCCGCGACGCCACGAAAAAAACGACCAUGGUCGAUAGUCGAUUUCCUCGUCCAAUUCCGCUGGAUCCUCGUAAUUUUCGUCGUGCUGCCCGUCUCCUUCGCCUUCCAGUGCAAUAAGGACUUCUGGGACUGGUGGUCGAAUCGCAAGAGCUUCGCGGAGCGCGAGCGCGAGCACCAGGCCGCGGUCCAGAAGCUCGUUAAUCGCCUCAAAUCGCGCGACCGGCGCCGCGACGGGCUCGUGUGCACAUCGCGCAAGCCAUGGCUGUCGGUGUCGAUGCGCAACUCCGACUACAAGCGCGCCCGGCGCUUCGAGGUCGACAUGAACGAGUUCGGGCAGAUCCUGGCUGUCGAUACCGUCAACCGCAUCGCGCGCUGCGAGCCGUACGUCAGCAUGGGGCAGCUGAGCGCGGUCACCGUGCCGCUGGGAUACGCGUUGGAAGUGGUCCCGGAAUUGGACGAUCUCACGGUGGGCGGGCUGAUCAACGGCUAUGGCAUCGAGGGCUCGUCUCACAUCUACGGCCUCUUCCAGGACACGGUGGAGGCAUACGAAAUCGUGCUGGCGGACGGCACGCUGGUGCGCGCGACCAAGGACAACGAGCACGCGGACCUCUUCUACGCCAUCCCCUGGUCGCAGGGCACUCUAGGCCUCUUAGUCGCCGCUGAGAUCCGCAUGAUCCCCGUUAAAGAGUUCAUGCGCGUCACCUACACCCCAGUUAAAGGCUCGCUGCGCGAAAUCACCCAGGCUUAUAUCGAUUCGUUCUGCCCUCGCGAUGGGGACCAGGACAAUCCGGAUAAGGUUCCGGAUUUCGUGGAGGGGAUGGUGUACACGCGGUCCGAGGGCGUCAUGAUGACCGGGCGGUACGCGUCGCGCGAGGAGGCGACGCGGCCCGGGAACGUAGUUAACAACUGCGGGUGGUGGUGGACGCGGUGGUUCUACCAACACGCGACGGACGCGUUAACGCGCGGCGAGUUCGUAGAAUAUAUUCCCACCAGACAGUACUACCACCGCCAUACGCGCUCUCUAUACUGGGAGGGGAAGUUAAUUCUGCCCUUUGCGGACCAGUGGUGGUUCCGGGUGCUCCUGGGAUGGAUGAUGCCGCCCAAGGUGUCCUUCUUAAAGCUCACGCAGGGCGAGGCGAUCCGCAACUACUACCACGAGCGCCACGUGUGCCAGGACAUGCUCGUGCCCCUCUACAAGGUGGCUGAGGCGCUCGAGCUUAACGACCAGGAAUUCGAGGUGUACCCCAUCUGGUUGUGCCCGCACCGCCUCUUCGCCCACCCGAUGCGCCAAAUGAUCAACCCCGAACCGGAUUUCUGGGCGCACAAGCGGCAGGGCGACACCCCCACGGCGCAGAUGUACACGGACAUCGGGCUCUACUACUCGCCCGGCGCCGUGCUGCAAGGGGAGGAGUUUGACGGCGUGGCGGCUGUUCAGCGGAUGGAGAAGUGGCUCAUCGAGAACGGGUCGUUCCAGGCACUGUAUGCGGUAACAGAGCUGAAUGAGCGCGACUUUUGGCGCAUGUUCGACGCGUCGCUGUAUGCGGCGUGCCGGGAGAAGUACAAUGCAGUGGGCACGUUCAUGAGCGUGUACUACAAGUCCAAGAAGGGCCGCAAGACCGAGGCCGAGGUGAUGCAGGAGGAGCGCAAGGAGAAGGAGGCGCCCGUGCUGGAAGCGGUUUAGCGCGCCCUGGCUGGGGGUGUGGGGUAUGGGGUUUGGGGUGGGGGGUGUGGGGUGUGGGGGCGUGGGUUGUUGGGGGGUUGAUGGAACAAGCAUAUCACUGUUGGCAUUUCAUGUGUGUACUAUGCAGUUUAAAAGGGGCCUCAAGACGAAGGCCAAGGUGUUGCAGGAAGCAAGGAGGAGAGUCCAGUGCGUGAGAGCAAGGAGGAGGAGAUGCCAAUGCAUGAGACUGUUUAGCAUGCUAGCAGAUAGAUGAGCUUUUGUGCUUGACAGGAAGGGCGGGGGGCAGGGAAUGCGGUCGUGAGUGCAGAGUUACCAAGUCCUAGCAGAGAUAAAAUUCAGAUGAAGACAAGUGAGAAGGAAAUACACGUGUGCCUUACUAUCUGAUACUGCCAAAUGUGUGCACUUUCUCUUAAGUGCGAAGUGUAUUUUUGAGGUG